CUGCAGCCUGCUCCUUGACGUCUUACGUAAAGCCAGGCUGAACCAGAGACCGCCACCAUGACAAGGGACCAGAAUGGAACGUGGGAGAUGGAAAGUAACGACAACUUUGAAGGCUACAUGAAGGCUCUGGAUAUUGAUUUUGCCACCCGCAAGAUUGCAGUACGCCUGACUCAGACAAAGAUCAUUGAUCAAAAUGGUGAUAACUUUAAGACAAAAACCAACAGCACGUUCCGCAACUAUGACUUGGAUUUCACUGUUGGAGUUGAGUUUGAUGAACACACAAAGGGCCUGGACAACCGUCACGUGAAGUCCCUGGUGACCUGGGAAGGUGAUGUCCUCGUGUGUGUGCAGAAGGGGGAGAAGGAGAACCGUGGUUGGAAGCAGUGGGUCGAGGGGGACAAGCUGUACCUGGAGCUGACCUGCAGUGGCCAGGUGUGUCGUCAAGUGUUCAAGAAGAAGUGA